GAGGCGGUGGCCGCUCGCCAUGGCGCCGGUGCAGUCUCUAGGGUGUUCGGUCCCCGUGCUCCGCGAGCCUGGAAGGCGGGCGCUCGUGGCCUCCGCCCUGUGACCCCGCGGGAUGCGCUCCCAUCCCGUCGCCAGGAUGAAGGGGACGAGGGCCGGGGCCGGAUAGAGCACACAAGGCACCGUCGGAGCCAGCGCACGCUUCCUCCCCAGAGCCUGCGACCAAGAGACAAGAUGUCAUCACAGUUUUUGAAGGCAUCAGUGAAUUUUGAAGAUAGUGUAAAGGAUGACUCAACCAAAAAGAACAAGCCUUAUAAGAUCUUUUUCCGAGAUCUCUUUCUUUACAAAGAAAAUGAGUUGGAAGCCAAGAAAAAGGAAAAACUUAUGAACCGCAGCAUGAAAGUGCACCAGAAGACUACUUUUUCAUCCCGAAUGAAGAGUCGCUCACACCUAAGCAAAAUAGCUUUCCAGCCUGACACAGAGGGUGUCUCAUUGGAAAAUCUGGGGCUGGAUCCAAUGCUUAUUCUGAAAUUAACAGAAACUGCAGACACAAAAAAGACUCUCCAUGAAUUUAUUAAUGACCAGAGAGACAGGUUUCUACUGGAGUACACUCUCUUAACCAAAAGAAAUACAAUUAAAAAACUUGAAAAACACAUCACUUUAAAGGAAAAGCAGCUCAAAAAAGCCGAACAAAAGCUCCAAGAUGACACACUAGCCUUUGAAGAGUUCCUUCGAGAAAAUGACCAGCGAUCUGCAGAUGCUAUGAAAAUUGCAGCCCAAGAAACUAUCAACAAACUCCAAAUGACAAACGAGCUAAAGAAGGCCAGCAUUGAGGUACAGGCAAUGAAGAGUGAAAUAGCAAACACAGAAUUCCUUCUUCAGGAAUACAUGAAAUACGGAUAUUUCCUACUGAAACUGUCUCCAAAACAUUGGCAAAUCCAGCAAGCGCUAAAAAGAUCACACAUACCAAAAAUUCAAUCCAUUAUUCCAAAACUAUUAACAAAAUUACCAUUAAUUUCAAAUAAAACAGACAGCAGCCUGGCAAGUUCUGAGAAGACACUACCUUCAGAUGACUCUAUAAGAAAGAGGAUCCCAGGAAAGCUACGCAAGAAGCCCACUCUCAACCCAGACGCUGGGAAAUCACCCUCAUCCAACCGGCCGGGAAGUGUCAGUUCGGAAGACAGCCUGGAGUUCUUCCUAGAUGAAGACAUCGACUAUGAACUGCUGCCAGAGAUCUAUUUCAAGGAACCAGAAGAGUUACUUCAGGUCCUCACGAAUCUGGAAGAGCAGAAUCUGACUUUGGUCCAGUAUUCCCAAGAUGUAGAUGAAAAUCUUGAAGAGGUAAACAAAAGAGAAAAAAUCAUACAGGACAAAAUAAACAGCAAUAUAGAAUCCCUGCUGGAGCACAAGGAAAUUCUGAAGGCGAACUGCCUGCGAGAAGAGGAAAAGGCAGCGGAAUUGGAACUGCGCUCCCGGCUCUUCAGUUUUGGACAAUUUAAUUCCGAUGCUCAGGAAAAACUGAUAGACUCGCUUAGUAAAAAAAUCAACCAAGUCUACAAAGUGUGCAUCGGCGACGCUGAGGUCGGCAGCCUGAACCCGGUCCAAAAGCUGGUCAAAGUGGAGUCUCGCAUGGUGGAGCUGAGUGACCUCAUCGACUCCAUUCCCAAGGAAAAUGUGGAAGCAAUCGAGAGGAUGAAGCAGAAGGACCGGCGGCAAAAGCUGCGUGAAGAGAAACUAAAAGAAAAACAAAGAUGCCAAGAAGAAAGGCUGAAAGCUGCUCUGGAAAGGGCAGUCGCACGACCAAAGAAAAAGGUGGGAAGACGGCUCAUCUACCGUUCAAAACCACCAUCUGCUAAUAGACAAAAAAUACCUCAGAUCACUGAUACAGCAGCAAAAUCACAGGAGGAAGAGGUAUUUUUUUUUAGUUGAAUGGGAAAGAUACUUUACUACCGGAAUGUUUUUACAGCUUCUGGCUCUCUGUUGGCAACAUUCUGCCCCAUGUGGGACCCUACACAGUUCAAGACUGGUCCUUAACGAGAGUUACUUUCUUUUGUUGAAGCUUCCUGUUACUCAUAAUUAUUCCACAUAGCUAAACAUUUAUAAUUUGAGUUGUCUCAGUUGGGGUACAUACUCAAAAUUACUUUACUGAUGUAACUUAUAUGGGGAAUGAUCAUUUAAGUGCAAUAAUAGUCUUUCCCUGACAACAUGAGGAUUUAAAUGAUGUAUUAGUAUCUCCAACGGUCUGUAAGGAGGUUGAGAGCACUAAUCACUCAUGGAACAUGUCUUCCAACAACUCUAAAAUAGCUGAAGGAAUUUGAGGGGUUUAAACUUAAGUGAAUUCUACUACGUUAUGGUCUCAGAACAUCCCCAGGAGACUGACUUUUAUUUCACAUUAAGUUCUAUUCAAAAGUUUGUUUCCUUAUGUGAACAAUCUUAUGUGUUAAGUCUAAAUGUCACUUCAGGAUUUCUCUGUGCCCUAUCUCUAUAAUUACUUUAAUUUUCAGAUGUAAUUUUAGCUGCAACAUGUCCAUAAUUUAGUUUAACUGAUAUAGAAUAUGCAACCUACUAAACAAAGUAGUAUUAAGAAAACGUUUGUUAAAAGUGGUUUAAAACCAUUUUCAAAGGUCUCAGUUAAUACACAAUGAUAUGAAAAUGGUUGAAAUUCAUCUUUAUAAAAAUCUGUAAAGUACAUAUUUAUCUAUUA